AAAGUGGGGGGAGAAACAGACACACACGGGGCCUAGUCGCCACAUCUUUUCAUGCGAAGAAGCUGUGCCGCUAAACCACCCGUUUUUGGUUUCCCAAAACAACUCCGGCCCGGGCCUCAGUCCGCGGUCUAGAGUUUGGCAGCGGGCUGUUUGAGACGGAAGCACGUCGGUGUGUAGCUGCCAGCCACCCCCUGUGCCCCAACCACCAUCAUGGGAGACAGCAGAGAUUCCCGCAGCCCAGACAGUUCGUCUGUGUCCUCCCCCCCAUCGGGCCAGCGCUCGCCUCCGCUGGUUCCCUCAGCUGCAGCUUCCAUGACCUCCCUGCCUCCCAUCACCACCACUGGGGUCAACAGCCCCAUCAGUAGCAUCGGCUCCCCCUUUUCCGUCAUCAGCUCUUCUUUGGGCUCCCCCUGCCUACCUGGCACACCAUCAGUGGGCUACGGCCCCAUUAGCAGCCCGCAGAUCAACUCAACAGUGUCCAUGUCAGGGCUCCACGCAGUGAGCAGCUCUGAUGAUGUGAAACCUCCGUUGGGCUUGAAGCAGCUGUCGUCCCACAGCCCAGGGCCGAUGCUUUCCCAGAAACGCCUUUGUUCCAUCUGCGGAGAUCGAUCCUCUGGUAAGCACUACGGUGUUUACAGCUGUGAAGGCUGUAAAGGAUUCUUCAAGCGCACAGUGCGCAAAGACUUGACCUACACCUGUCGGGAUAAUAAAGACUGUAUGGUGGAUAAGAGACAGAGGAACCGCUGCCAGUACUGCCGCUACCAGAAGUGCCUGGCCAUGGGCAUGAAGAGAGAAGUGGCCAAGAUGAACGACAGAUCUGUCCAAGAGGAACGGCAGAGGAACAAGGAACGAGAUGGUGAGGUGGAGUCGACUAGUGCGGUGAACGAGGAGAUGCCAGUGGAGAAGAUUUUGGAAGCGGAGAUGGCUGUAGAGCAGAAGACAGAGCUUCAUGCAGAUGGGAGUUCAGGUGGCAGCUCGCCCAACGAUCCUGUCACCAACAUCUGUCAGGCAGCAGACAAGCAGCUCUUCACCUUGGUGGAGUGGGCAAAGAGGAUCCCUCACUUCUCUGAGCUGGCCCUGGACGACCAGGUCAUCCUGCUACGUGCAGGCUGGAAUGAACUCCUGAUUGCAUCAUUCUCCCAUCGCUCCAUCUCGGUGAAGGACGGGAUUUUACUGGCCACUGGCCUGCAUGUCCACAGGAACAGUGCUCACAGUGCAGGAGUUGGAGCCAUCUUUGACAGGGCGCACAAUGCCGAGGUUGGGGCCAUAUUUGACAGGGUUUUAACAGAGCUUGUAAGCAAGAUGAGAGACAUGCAAAUGGACAAGACAGAGCUGGGCUGUCUUCGAGCCAUCAUCCUCUUCAACCCAGAUGCCAAGGGUUUGUCCAACCCCAGUGAGGUGGAGCUCCUGAGAGAGAGGGUGUACGCAUCGCUCGAGUCUUACUGCAAACAGAAAUACCCCGAUCAGCAGGGCAGGUUUGCAAAGCUCCUCCUCCGGCUUCCAGCACUGCGCUCCAUUGGUCUAAAGUGCCUGGAGCACCUGUUCUUCUUUAAACUGAUCGGUGACACGCCCAUCGACACCUUCCUGAUGGAGAUGCUGGAGGCGCCUCACCAGCUCACCUAGAGGAGCCAGGUUCGGUCCAAUCAGGAUCCAAUGCACACCAGGAUUACCAACAUGUCACCCCAUGUCGGGUCGUUGGCUCCUCUCGCUGGGCCUCACUUAACUGCAGCACCUGCUGGUUUUAAUGUACCGGCUCUCAAACUUUUACACACAUAUACACACACACAAAAUAUUCCCUGUCACUGGCUAAUUAUCUUUACACAUGCAGAUCUAAACUUGAAUACAUGAAUUGACAAAAAAAACAACAUAACUAAUACACAGAUAAUAUGGUUCUGAAUUAACAGUAUGCUAAAAAACACACACAUUUUAACCAUCCUCUCCUAUUCUCAGUUUUCCACCAGUGGGGUUACGACUCAGAGAAUUUAUCCCCUUUUUAUCACACAUACUCAGUAAAUGUCUUAAUUUUAAGUUAUCCUUCAAUUUUCACAUCUUCAUCUCACAGUGGGUUUUUGCUUCUGCGUAACUGGUAUACUCCCCCUGUUUUGACUUGAGUUACUUAGUUACACUGCUAGCUGCACCUCUGUAUAUUAUACCCAUCACUAGCCAGUUAGUUAGUCAUGUAUGGUUUUAGCUUGAAAUCAGGUGCGUAGCAUUUCAAUCAACUGUCAAAUGUCAAACUAAUUUGCUUCUUAUUGGUCAGGAGGUGUCCUAUAGAGGACAUGCAGACACAUCCUCCCAGUGAGUUCAUCUGAUCUCGUAAACAUUGAAAUAUUUUUAUGCUUUUUUGAAUAUUCAUGCUGAAACUUGUUUGAGUUUCUAUUUUGAAGUACUGUACUCAUGAAAUGAGAGCUUUUUCCAAGGCAUUGAAAUCCAGGAAAAGGGGAGUGGGAGCACUUUGUUGAACAAACUUUGUCCCUCCCACCCUGAUGCGCACAGCGGGCUUUGUAAGACAAGAAGAAUGACUUGAAUUUUUUUGGUUUUUUUUUUCCUAGUUUUGAUUUCAUCCUUUUUCUCUAUUUUGGCAGUUGGUUGGCAUUUUAAACAGCUUGAGGCUCGCAGGAAGUACAGCUUCAUGCAAGACAAAAUCAUAGUUGUUUGUCUUUUAUCUCCCAUUCCCCUAAAUCCCCCCUUUGCUGGUGGUCAUUUAUGCACUUUUGUGAGUUGUAACUGUGUAAAUGUUCCUGUUUCCUAGAAAUGACCAUCUAUUGUCAGACACCUAAGAUUACCUUGAAGGUACUAUGUGUAGGGUUUUCUCAUUAUUGCAUCAUUGCCCAAUCACUUCCUGUACAGAUGAUCGCCAAGUUUGGGACUUAACAAUAACCACCAGUCAGAUGGUUGGAAAGUUUUGCCUAAUGGCAGGUGUGUUUGUCUGUCCUCACACCUAGUCCAACUGAAAGUCUAUUACUUUUACUCUUAAAACCUUCUUAGUAUUAACUGUUGGCCAUGGAAGAGAAAAACAUAUUUUUUGUGCUCUUUGAACAAUUCUGUUUUUAACUCAUCAGCCUCUGUCUGAGUUGUGUGAGGCAUUGCUUUGCACUCAAUAUGCUGCACUCAGUCCUCUCUGUAAAACCAGAUGCAGAAAGCUGUAUUUUUGUUCAACACAAAAAGCAGCAGCAGAGAUGACAAAGCUGAAAUGAACAGACAGUGGCAAUAAUGCAACAUUUCAUUUCACCUGAUCAUCAGAUUUGACGUAUCUGCCAAACUUUUGCACCCUGCCUCUCAUGGAUGGAUCACUGGCUGUGAAUAUAGAUUGGCUACAAAUGCACCAGUGUUUGAAUUACUUGUGUCGUGUUACUGUAAUGCAAUAAUGAAAUUAGUUAGUGCUAUAUAAUGGAAAUCCUACACUUACUACCUGCAGCUUUGGAAACUUUAUUCAGUGUGUAUUGGCUCAAUGCUUGCAACUUUUGUACAGUAGAUGUAAAUAAUACAAAAAAGAAAAAAAAACAGGAGUCAUGUAAAAACAAAGGCAUGUUCACAGUCAUGUGAAUGUGAAAUAUGUGGCUCCGGCAAACAAAUUUAAAAGCUCUAUUUUUUGCUGUCGAAUCAACAUUAGACUUGCCUCCCGUGUAACGACAUCAUCAUGAAGUUGUUAUUGAGCCCAGGGCCAAACCACACCUCACUGCUGCUUUUGCACCAACUUCUGCCAAUGUUUCCUGUUGUUCUCAGUAACUGAUUGGCCGGAUUUCAUUGACAAUGGCACUUGACAUUUACUGUGAUUGAAAUUUGUGGGCGACUGAAUCUGAGCAUUGCAGUGAAAAGUCAAAUGCAGCUACCACAUGAUCAGGAGAUAUACAGUAAACUAUGAAUCAAACCGUCUACACAGGCUCGAAAGUGAGCAAUACUGGGGUACACAAAGAUUUAUUACCAUUUUUGUUAGUAUUUAAAAAGAGUAUUGAGGUAUAUUUAGCCUUCUUAUUAGUCACCACAUUGAUUAGCAAGUAGAAACGUACAUUUUGCAGUAUCAUUCUACAGGGAAGAGGUACAGCUGUCCUCUACCAGGUGCUAAAUAACUAAUAUGGUCUUUUAGUUUAAGACUUGCACAUGUACAUCAAUGCAAACACAGUAUGCAAGUACACAGACAAAUCAUUCUCCACUCAUUGAACAGGUCUGCUUAAGAUGUAGGAUUCCCUCUUCUUUUUUGUUACUUUGUGACCCCUAGCAUUAUUGCAGACUCCCAAACAAUGGAAAACAAACACCAGCUAAGUGCUUGUACAUUUAAGCUGUGGCUGAUAAGUCUUUGUACUUACACACAGCCAGUGUCUUUUAUAUUUUAGAAAGCAGUAACGCUGGUGGAGCAAUGAAAGCAGCUGGUGAGUUUUGGGGUCCACCAGCUACUUUGACCAGAAUGAGCAAUGAGCUUCCUGCCCUGUGGAUAGUCCAAAAACUUCUCAGAGAGGAUCCUUGGCCUCCCCUCAUAUGAUGUGGACUUGGGGGCUGACAGUUAGAUGACCUGUAAGACAGGUGGUUUUGUUUAACAUGUCAGUAAGUUGAUCUAAUCUUAGAGUUUGGUUUUUCUUUUUUUUUUUAUCCAUGCACUCGCGUGGCCAGCUCAACAAAGUAGUCACCAGAUGUCCAUUAAUUUCCUACAUGGAGAGAAAAGUCCCAGCAUGCACCAUUGCUGCCUCAUUUAGGUUUUACAAGGAAAAGCAAGGUGUUGGCAAGCACCAACAUGUGCUAGGAUUCUUGUACUGUAUAUGAUGCAGAAUGGUCUCAGUGCUUUAGUGGUUGUUUCAGAUGAGCUAAUAUUGGCAGUCUGAGUUGUGAGACUUGAAUGAGAAGGACUUUGUGGCCACCAGACUUCUAGAUCUGGAUGUGUGCUCAUCCUCUGUCAGGUUGACAUCUCAACUGUCUGUGCAGGAUUUUAAUUUUGGAGCUUCCUCUGUUGAAUGGUAAAGCCUGCUGCUACUGCACCAUGCUUAUAGAUAGCUGGGGAUGGGAAUGAUUACACAAUCAGUCAAGUGCUGGAGGAUUUACAAGUUUGAUCCACUUUUUUUUAAGCACUAGUCAUCUGACUGAAAAAAAUGCCAGUCUUUGUUGAUUGAUCCAAAAGGCAAAAUAUGCAACUUGUAUAUUCAUAUUGUGGUAAACAGUUGUCAUGUGCAUUAUGUUUCUGGCAUUUGCAAAUAUUAGCUUAGUCUGUUACGUAAGUUAGAUAAAAAUUGGCAGUGUAAUAAUUAAGAAUUCCCAUCCUUCAUAUAACAGCAAUGCAUUAUAUGAAAACUAUGUACGUCUUGCCAUCUCUUUUUUAACAUUUUGCUAUGAGCUUAGGUCAUUUAGUGGAUGAUAAACAGAUACAGGAGACACAUUUAAAACAAAAAAAAGCUAUACAGUCAGUGCAGGUUCUGUAUGCGAAGCCACUUUAAGCUUUGCUGAUCAGAGCAGGUGGCUGGGUAUCUCAGUUUUUUUUUUAGCAUUUGUUUUAGGGUAUGUGUGGCCACACGUGUAUGCUUCAAUGCACAUGUGUAGUGAAUCUGUCUGCAGCUACGCCUUUUGACUGGCAGAUACUAUAGCUUUGGCGGUGAUGUGCUGAGCGCUGUUAAAUUGAUUUGUUGAGCAAAAUAAUCAAAGGAUGCACAGAGGAAAAGGGGCCGAGCUGGAGGGGCGAUUCACUGGCGUGUUGACCCGAUGCUUUAUCAACACAACACAGCCUCCUCCUUUCCUCCACUUUGCCCCGUCUCCACUGCUUUACUUUAGACUUAAUAAAUGCUUAUUCACUCACCCAUGUGGGCUGAAAAUGACUGGGCUUUGCGUUGGAAUGGACUUGUAAAAUAAACCUAUGAUUCUUGGACUGUUUGAAAAGGAUGUGAAGCUUUUCGUGGGACAAGCGUUGGAGAGCUGUAAGGAAGGGAUUCAGCGCCGUGUGUCCCUCUUUGCUUACUUUACUUGACGGCAGAGCAGCGAUGAUCUGCGGUCGACCAUGGGAGGCCGCUGGAUCGCACCGCACCGCCCACAAAUGUUUGUCCUUGCAACCGUGUGCACUCAAGGCAGACGCAUGCUGUGACCUUUUGACUGUGUAGCAGUAUUGUUGUCGCCAUCUUUGUUACAUUUUGAAAUUACUCGCUUUUUGAAAAUAUACAUUUUUUGAAAUGGAUCGCAGGCUGUGACUGAAGAAUUGAUCACCGUUUAUAGAUUAGAUAUCAGGGCGGCGUUUUUACGUAUUGACACAGGCCCCCUGGAGCCAAGGCCCAUCCCGUUAGGAUCAAUGAGGCAGUGUGUGCUAUGCAGCCUUGAAACCACCACCCUCACUGGUUUAUUUAUCACUGCCAAGUUGUUUGUGGAUGUGGCCGUUUUUAAAUGCAGGGCCACUCAGUCCCCAGCGCUUGUUUGUCAUGUAUGUUGUGAUUAUUGUGCAGUGCACUAAAGAGUGUGCUCCAACCUUGGCCUGUGUAGUGCAUACUAAAGAGGGGCCCUAAUAGGAAUGGAAUGACAGCUCGUGUGGAGAGGGGAGGACUGGUCAUUGGAGUGAGAAGUGGACCAGUGUGUGGCCCCCUCUUGGUGCUCAAGCUGUGCAUUGGUGCUUUUUUUUAUAGGGUCCCCCUGACCCUUAACACGUCUGCUUUGGUUUCCAAGACACAGGGAAAUGCAUAUACGAGUGAAAUGCAAAUAAGGAAUGAUUUGACAGACCUGCUCUUCUUAAGUUGCAUUUGUUUGGUUGUUUUCUGCGACCGGGUCCACUGCAACCUGUUGUGUGUUUACUGAGUCAUAUGUGGCUGUAGCUGGAUACCUCCAGCAAUAACAAGAAAACCUUAUGAUCAUGAGGGAGAAACGGUGGCUCUAAUUGUAGACAUAGAUAAAGACCGAUAGUAUCCACAGGUCUGGUUUGCAGGAGACACAUCCGAGCAGGAUCUGGUUUCACUGAAUGAACCGAUGGGAGGAAUCAGCUAAACGUGAUUGCUCUCCUUAAGGAGGUUGUUGUUGUUUAGGGUUGGAGGAAUUGUGAAGAAAGAGAGAAAGAGGGAAGAAAAGAAGGACAGGGGCUUAAAGAACUCGGAUCAGGUGUCCGUACGUCGAUCGAGAAUAAAAACUAUUUUCCAGUAGAUCUAGAAUCUUCCUUAAUUGUUUACUCUUCACUAUAAAGAAAUUCACACACUGUUUUCUUUGUCUUGUUUCAUGUCUCCCUCUUUUCAGACUAUGCUAUUCAUCUUUUGUUUAUUACAAAGUAUUAAACAAAUACAAGAACUGUAAAAUCAGAAUGGAAUCUGUCACUCUUAUUUUUAAUUUUUCUCCCUUUCUCUUGUGUCUGUUCUUCGUCCUGUUUGUAUCCUACUCCAUCAUACACAUGGAGCUGAUUGACUAUUGUGUGCUUCGGGGAUUGAAAGAAGAAAAAAAAUCUGAAUAAUUUUUUCAGUCAUUAAUUCUGAACCUUGUUUCUGUUUGUUGUAUCAUGUCUGAGUAAAGGUUUUAAUACUGUA